CACCCUCCCUCUCCCACACCGCCAUUCAUUGCCCAGCGGCCGUACCCUCAAAAUGUCUCCCAAAGUUCUGGCCAUUUUCGUUUUAAUCUUCACAGUAGUCCACGGCAAAACCGUGGUAGUCGGCCAAGUGUACGACCAAAAUGGCCUAGUCAGAAAAGUGUUCGAACAAAAUGUUGAAGCUACGGGAAUCCCCCUGAUCAAAAGGGAGAAUGAAGUUUACUACGAAUAUCCACUAGGAGACCAGAAGAUCAAGGGGAUAGCCAUUAAGGAUCUGGAGAAUGGGUUGGCUGAACCUUCAAUCAACCGAGGGGGUCUCGGCUUCAACUUUGUGAACAUCAAGUUGAAGAGUGAACGAGGAUCUGGAUACAAGUAUCUGAUUGAGAUCUACGCUUGAUUUUGUGUUCUUGUGUGUGUUAAUUUUUUGCGAUGGUUGUGAUGAUGUGAGUUGUGUUAUGUGAUAAUAAAGUGUCUAUUUUUAUUUAA